AUGGCUGAAGAUCAAGCCUCAUCAAAUGAAAGAAAUGAAGGUGGUGAAGACAAAGACAUGUCUGAUUAUGAGGACUCAACAAUAAUAGCUGCCGUUGAAGAAAUUAAACCGAUUGUAGCAGAUGACUACGCUGAAGAACCCAUUGAAGACUACAUCGUUAAUUUAGCUGUUAAUGAACAACCCGAAGGUGUGUCAACAUCACCCAGUUUCGUUGAUACAGUUAUAGCAGAUAUGCAGGGUAAUGUUGUGCCAUCAAAAACAACAGCAAUGAUUGAAGCGAUCAAUGAUUAUUCUUCAACAAUUUUUGAUGAAUUGACCACUGAAACCACUGCUAUUACUGGUGGUAAACGAUGGUGGGGAUGGUCUACGGAGAGGAUGUUAAUUGUUGGUCUCAUUGCAUUAUGCAUUCUUGCCAUCAUUCUUGUCCUACUGUUUUUAGUUCUCGGUAAGAAAUUUAAGAAAAAUAAGAAAUCAACGGCUGGUGCAACUACAACAAAAGCAGCAGAAACUAAAGGCGUACCAAAAGACCCGAAAUAUCAACCAGUGCCUAAUGUUUGA